AUGGGGCAUGGCGAUGGCAUUCAGCUUACUUUCUCUCCCCUUAGGCGUCAAUAUCUGAAGAGGAUCAUUGCCGAAUAUGAAGCCUUGGACAUGGAAAUGCCUUGUAUCCGCAAGUUCCCUCGGCCGCCGGCCGCCCGACCCCUUUGCCUCUGUUUGGAGAACCCGCCUGAAAAGGAGAUGAAGCAUGCUGAAAUCCUAGCAGCCAUAGAAGCUAUCAUUCCCAAUGCCUUUGAAACAGGCCUCCUACGCAGCCUCCAAUUUGAAAACAUCAAUGUGAUCUGUGGAACUGCUGGGCGGAAGAACAGGUGGCUGAUCACAGUGUCCGAUUUCCGGACUCGGAACCAGCUCUUAUGUUCUGGACUGACCUUGGGUGAAAACCAUUUUGUGCUGCGACGCUGGGACAACCUGGUGAUGGAGGACUAUCGCAUGCAUCUUCGAAGGGCCCUAGCCCGCCAGCGUCUGCUGGACACUCUCAGUGACUCCUGGGAGGCCAACCACUUGGAUGGCAUCUGA